AAUCACGAGUCUUCGGGUUAUAGUUGCAGAUAGAUCGGUACUCAGGUCAUUUGUAGAGAGGAACUAUUUAAAGACAGUAGUUGUAUAUUAAUCUUCUUCAUUUCAAAGUAAAUUACAACCAAGUUUAGAGGAAAAUACAUUUUCUGUUGUGAGAAGCAAUAAAAAUGUUGGGUAGACAAGGAAUUUUGCAGAUCAGCUAUCAUUUUUCCAACGCCAUCAAAGGAAAAAUUGACACAAUGCCGUGCCCAUUCUUAACACGUUUAUCAGCGAACUAUGUUCGUAAUUAUAGUGCAUCAUUGUUGACUAAUUAUCGUCAAUACUGUCCUGUAAUGUCACGUUUAUCAAGUACAUCAGUAGAAACUGAGGAAUUUGGCAAGACUUCACCGAUAAAAAAAUGUCCUUUCCUUUCUAAAGAGCCUGAUGCAAUAAUAGAGGCAAGCCCUGCUGUUGAGGAAGAUAUUAUAAACUUAGGAAUUCCUGAAAAGAUUCCGGAAAAUGAUUUGAAUGAGGAAAAACUUUUUCCUUAUGAAGAAUUCUUUCAUAAACAAAUUAUGAAGAAGAAGGAAGAUCAUUCUUAUCGGGUAUUUAAAAAAGUCAAUCGACUAGCUAAAAAUUUUCCAUCAGCUGUAGAAUAUUCUUGGGGUGAGAAACCUAUAACUGUGUGGUGCUCCAAUGAUUACUUGGGAAUGUCUCGUCAUCCUGCCGUAACAGGAGCUGUUCGUGAGGCUUUAGAGAAAUUCGGGGCAGGUGCAGGUGGAACUCGUAACAUUUCAGGCAAUUCUAUGGGUCAUGAAAAACUAGAAGCAAGACUUGCUGCCUUACAUAAAAAAGAAGCUGGACUUCUAUUUACUUCUUGUUUCGUUGCUAAUGAUUCAACGUUGUUUACAUUAGCUAAGAGCUUACCAGGAUGUCAUAUUUUUUCUGACGCUGGAAAUCACGCUUCUAUGAUUCAAGGAAUUAGAAAUAGUGGAGUGCCAAAACAUAUAUUUCGUCAUAAUGAUGUAAGACACCUUGAAGAAUUAUUAUCAAGUGUUGAUCGUUCCUUGCCUAAAAUAGUGGCAUUUGAAACUGUACAUUCCAUGAAUGGUAGUAUAUGUCCUUUAGAAGAAAUGUGUGAUAUAGCAAAAAAAUAUGGGGCCUUGACAUUUGUUGAUGAAGUCCAUGCAGUUGGUUUGUAUGGAUAUUCAGGAGCAGGUAUCGGAGAAAGAGAUUGGGUUCUUGAUAAAAUGGAUAUUAUCUCUGGAACCUUAGGUAAAGCAUUUGGAAAUAUAGGCGGAUAUAUUGUUGGAUCUUCCAAGUUAAUAGAUAUGAUAAGAAGUUAUGCUGCUGGAUUUAUUUUUACUACGUCUUUACCUCCAACUGUUCUUUACGGUGCUUUGACAGCAGUUGAAAUUUUAGCCUCCGAUGAGGGUCGGGCUUUAAGAGAAACUCAUCAAAAGAAUGUGGCCUACAUGAAAUCAAAACUGCUUUCUGUUGGACUUCCUCUAGAGCCAACGCCAUCUCAUAUCAUUCCUAUUAAGGUAGGAGACCCUCUUCUGUGCAGCCAAAUUGCCGAUACUUUAAUAAAAGAAAAGGGUCACUACGUCCAAGCAAUUAACUAUCCAACUGUUGCUAAGGGGGAAGAGAAAUUACGUCUAGCACCUACACCGAAACAUACUCCGGAAAUGAUAGAUAGAUUUGUUGAUGAUGCUUUGACCGUAUUUAAUGAUUUAAACGCACGUAAAACAUCUUUUAAUGCAAUGACUUUAAACCAAGCAAUAUCAGUUAAUUGACAAAUUAUUACAGUACAAAGAUAUAACAGUUUUCCAAGGUACAAAAAAUAGUUAAAUUAAAAUAUCUGAAUUAUAUUUAUGGCAAGAUAUAUUUAUGAAAUUUAAAUUUUUGAGUGUACACAUACUCAUUGAUGAUUGCAAUAUAUAGAAAUAUGACAAAUCUAUGACAAAUAUAAUAGUUAUGUUUGGUUAAAUAAGAUUUUUGAUAUUUUUUAUUACAGAAUUCCCCAUUAUUUAUUGACUGAAUUAAUAAUUAAUAUAAAAUAACAUUAAGUGACAAAUGUGUUUUCAAGAAACCCAUUUUUUUUUAUAAAGAACCGGAUAACUAAAUUUUAUUAAUUUGUACUAGAGUGAUUACUGUUACACAUAUGACAAUAAAAAAAAUUAUUUUGUCAUUUUUCACACAAAAUAAAGUUCAAUGAAUUAACUAAAA